AUGAGCUGUUCAAGUAACGACAAACCGAAGGCGGAGGAAGAUGUCUUUGAGCAUCUCAGCGCACCGGUCGAGUGUGUUCAGGAUUACGUUCCAGGUGGACUGCAUCCUGUACAUCUUGGCGACAUGGUCGGCCGGUACAAGAUGUUACGAAAGCUAGGUUACGGCGGAUACUCGACUGUCUGGCUUGCACAGGACAUUUCUUUAAUAAAUAGCGAUACCGGUGGGUAUGUGGCGCUGAAAAUCGUUCGAGCGGAUCGCGAUUGCGCAAAAGAGAUUCAGUGUUAUGAUACGCUACGGACCAGUUCGGGUCGACAUCCAGGUGCAUCUUAUAUCAUGAUGCUUCUGGAUUACUUUACCAUACAGGGACCAAAUGGCAAGCACGACUGCUUGGCUUACGAGGUCCUAGGCCCCAGUAUUGCGAGUGUGGUGCGCGAUUCUGAUGGCAUGGAUACGACCGCUUAUCUAACGCUUCCAUCUGCCCGAAAAAUCAUAUAUCAAGUUCUCCUUGCCCUUGAUUAUAUACACAGUGUUGGACUGGUCCACGGGGAUAUCUACCAUGGAAAUGUACUCUUUAUUUUGAGGGAUUUAUCGCAAGAAUCUUCGGAUGAUCUAUGCCAGCCUCACUCUCAAGUUUCCGCGGACGUUAAACGCAUCAAGGGUUCUCGGCAACCAGGGGAUAUUCGACGUCUUACUCUGGACUGGCCAUUAAAUGAAUUAAUCUCCCCAAAAGGCGAUGUUAAGUUAUCAGACCUAGGAAAUAGCUUUUUCAAGCACGACCCGCCAAGCAAACCAGAAGCGCCAUUGGAAUAUAGAAGUCCAGAAAUCAUACUGGAUAACCGGAUUUCUAUGGCGCAGGAUUGUUGGGCGUUUGCUUGCUUCGCCUACAGUCUUCUGACGAAUACAUCUUUAUUCGAUUUGGCUUUUCUAUACGACGAAAACGCUCAGAACGACGAACACCUUCUUCAACUUUUCUCGCUUCUUGGUCCGCUCCCGGCUUGGCUUAAGCAGAGCUGGCCACGUUACGAUGUUUAUUUCAACGAGAAUGGACAGCCUCAAAAAUUCAUUGUGGAUGACGAUGCCUUUUCGUACUCAGAAUUAGACGACUUACCAGAAGAAGACCAUCAGAGCACGCCACAGGACACGGAGAGUGACGGUCACCAACAACAGCUUGACGAAGUCCUCUCGAACCGUAAUCGUCUAGGGAAACCUCAUGAAUUCUUCGAUCCUGACCUUUACCCAUCGAUCGUGACGCUUCGUGAGCGUAAGCAGCGUAAAGCUCGAGAAGAUCCUAGAUCAUUAGCAGAUUUUGUGGCUCUCUAUCCACCGCUCUCAGAGAAAUGGUCGUUUGAAAAGCACCCUGAUAUGCAAUCUGCGGAAUCUGAACUAGCGCUCGAUUUCUUACAGGGUCUUCUCACAUACGAACCCGACCGACGUCCUUCCACCAAAGAACUCCUACAACAUGCUUGGAUUCGGACAUACUGUGCCUCAGAUGAACAGACUGUCCAAAAGGCAGAAAUACCACCGAGGAACAAGAGGAAGAGGUCGACAAAGGCUAACGAGUCAGAAUCAGAUGAAAUGUAA